AUGCUGAAGGCAAGGCUACGGCAGCCCUGUCUGCAAACCCAGCCUGGCUGCCCCACACCCAGCGAGGCUGUGCAAAAAUCCCGUGUCUGUGGGGCGGCCAAAGGGGACCCCGAGGGGGACACUGUCUGUUGGCAGGAGAGGGGGAGCAGAGGGGAGCAGAGGUGCCAUCAGUUCCGGGAUGCCCCUGCCUUUGAGCCGGUCAAGCAAGAGGGAUGUUCAGGGCCACUGGGAGGGAAGGCAAGCAGGAGCUGCCAGUGGGGGCCUGAGGGGCUCGGUGGGGACAUACCGGGUCCCACAUUGGAUGGCAGCAACCUGGCCUUGGUGGCUGAGCCCACAGGCCCCCCAGAAUGCUCCAGCUCUGCCUCAGAGCUGCCCCCCACAGCAGCCAGCCCCACGGCCGACCCUAGCCAGGAGUGGAAAGUGGUGAAGAUCCAACAGGUCCUCAUCAACCCUGCCAGCAAGCCGAGGAAAGUGGGUCUCUCCCGUAGCGCCAGCCUCUCUGAGAAGGAGCUGAAGGAGGCAAAGGCACGGAGCCGGCGGAUCGCGGUGCAGCUCACCACGGCACCCAGCCCCAGCUCCAAGGGCGUCCUGCUCUUCAACCGCCGCAAGCAGCGCGUCGAUGGGCUCGCCGGGGCUGGGCAUGGUGGGGGCCUGCCGCUGAGCCCCGCACCCCAGCCUCAGCAAGCAGCCAUGGAGGAGGGCGAGGGGCCUGGGAUGAAGCCGGAGCCUGAGCAGCCCAGUGCGCCAGGAGAGGGGCUGCAGGCAAACGCCUCCCCGUGUCGGGAGCCGCCUGCUGAUGUCCAGCAGGUCCCGCUUAGUGUCUACCUGAAGGAGAACAUGGCAUCAGCCACCACCAACGGCAUGCAGGAGAGGGUGGCCAGUGGGAUGGAGAGUGGGGGGGAGGGGCUCAGGGAUGCGGGAGCCCCUGUGGGGCCCAGCACAGUGGCUCUUGCCCUGCCGCAGAGCCCCGAGGAAGGGAAGAACAGCGAGGUGCCUGGCAAGGUGCCCAGUGCACCCGUGGGGACAGCCACAGGGAUGGCAUCCCCAGCUGGCCAGCGGCAGAACGGGACGCAGGGCCGGCAGUACUAUGAGGUCCAUCUCACCCUGGCCAAGCCCAAGCCAGUGAAGAACCGGACGGCCAGACCCUUUGGCACCCAGGCACCCCGCACCAGUGGCCAGCCCACAGAGGGACCCCCUGCCGCCGACCUGCCCCCACCGCCCACCUAUGCAGAGACGCUGAGCAGCCCCCCGCCGCUCACACGUGUCCGCUCACCCCCUGCCUACUCAGCCCUGUACCCACCCCGGGAGCAGAAGGUGCUGCCAGGUCCCCCCAUGGGCUGUGGGGUGAGCGGACCAAACCCUCUGCCCAAAACGGGGAUCCUGGAGGAGUCAGCCGCCCGGAGAGCUGGCAAAAAGUCCAUGUUCACCUUUGUUGAGAAGCCAAAGCUGGGCCCUAACCCUGAUCUCUUGGACCUGGUUCAGAGUGCAGACAGCAGGAAGAAGCAGAAGGACCAGGGGGAGCCCAGUGCUGAGGAUGAGCCCUUCGCCCUCGGGGCUGAAGCUGCCAACUUUGUCCCCAACAGCACAGCCAGGGGUGAGCAGCACAUCCCGCCAGCUGAUGAUGCUCCAGCAUGGUCCUCCUGCCUCAAGUCUCCCACCAUCCAGCCCAAGCCGAAGCCGCAGCCCAGCCACAACCUCAGUGAAGCAAGAGGGAAGGGGGCCGAGCUCUUUGCCCGCCGGCAGUCCAGGAUGGAGAAGUUUAUCAUUGAGGCUCCCUCCCAGCCAGAGCUGCUGCGGUCCCCAUCACCCACAAUGUCCCUGCCUCCCUCCUGGAAAUAUGAUGCCAGUGCUUGCCUGUCACCCAUGGUCUCCAGACACCCCUCCAAGAGUCCCUCCAGACCCUCCAAAACCCCCCCAGCUUCUCUGUACAGCAGCAACCUGAUGGAGAACGAGGUCUCCCAGAAGGAGCUGGAGAUCUCCAAGCACCAGCCCUACCAGCUCCAGUCUUCGCUCUUCAUCCUCUCUCCAUCCAAGAGUCCAGCGAGGUCCAUGCCCCGGGAGAUGCCUCCACCCAGACCCUCUCUUCCUGAUGCCUACUCCUACCCCCAGCAAACCUCCUGCCCGACCUCUCCGUUGCCUCCUUCCCCUGUCUGGCAUCCUCCCGCUGUGCCCAGUGCCGGCCAGACCAACUCCAGCCCCUUUCCUGGAACCACCGGGGCUCUGGCCCUGAAUCACAGCAGCCAUGUUGGUCCUGGAGCCCCGACCGAGGUGCUGCUGGCCUCCCCAUGCCGCCUGCUGCCACCCCGAGCGAAGGGAGGCUUCCAGGCACCCAGACCCUCCUACUCCACCAGGAAUGCCGGCAUCGAGCCGCAGGAAAGGCGGCCGUCCCUCCCUGCCUCGCCCACCUGGAUGCCCCGGCUGGUGCGGCGCCCGGGCAGCCUGGACGGCUGGGCCAGCCCGGCCUCGGUGCCCGAGCUGGAUGAGGGACCCCCUACGUCCCCUCCAUGGAGCGAGAGGUCCCUGUCCCCACUGCGGCAGGACGCCGACCCCCGGGCCAGCCGGCAGAUGCAAGCGCGGCUCGCCAGGAACAUCAUCAACGCUGCCCGGAGGAAGAGCUCCUCUCCCAAAGCCGUGGGGCCGGAGGGCUCCCGGCCCUUCACCCCCAUCCCUGCCGGCCCCCCCAGUCUGCCCCAGUCCCCCUGGCCAGCGCGGCCGGAGGGCUGCAGAGCCAUGGCACUGCAGGCUGCCAGCAGUGUGCCGGGGAGCCUGGGCAGCCCCUCACCCACCCACAAAAGCCCCCUGCGAUCGCCCCGGGCGGACAGCCCCCAGUUCUGUGCUUCCCCUGGGUUGCCCCGAGCUGCCUGGGCAGAGGGGCGCCGGCUCGUGCUGCCACCCAGCAUGUCCUCCUGCCCCAUCCCCCGGCUGUCCCCCAGCCCCAAGAGCCCCUUGCCAUCCCCCGUGGUGGGCGGGCGGGCCCUGGCCAAGCGCUGCACCUCGCGGUCCCCAACGGACUCGGACGUCUCCCUUGACUCCGAAGACUCGGGGACCAAGAGCCCGGGCAUCCACAGCUUCAACCUCUGCCCCCGGGGCUGGACCAGCAGCCUGCGGCUGAAGCCAGGGGGGCUGCCCUCAGGGGCCCCCUGCACCUCCUAGACGAGCCAUCUCUGGCCAGCCCACCCUCUCCCCAGCCCCACCAGCCCAGGUGAUGCCACCCACAGAUCCCCACUGGGAAGACCCCAACGCUCAGGGUUGAGGUCUCCAAAACCCCGUAUCCUCAGUCCCCGGAGGAGCUGCCACAGCCCCUUGGCAUGCCAGCAGGGUCAGGUGCCUCCUGCCUGCCUGCCAUCCCAUGCCCCCGCUCUAUUUUUACCACCUUAACCUUUUGGGGCAGGACUGCAUGGUCAGCAGGCAGAGCAGGCAGAGCAGGCAGAGCAGGCAGAGCAGGCAGCAUGGGGGGAGCCAGCCCCCAGCACAGCCCCCUCCCUCUGCAGCCCCUGCCCAUCAGCUGGCCCCAUGCCACACAGCCACAAUGGGGAUGGACUCGGCGGUCCCCCGUGAGCCCUCUGCCCCCAGUACCAAGGUGUCAUCCCAGGGUGUCACCGCAGCUCUGUUUGCUGCUGCCCGGGGGGUCAUGGUGUACCUGGCAGGGGUGGACAGCACCAAGUGCAUGCCAUGGCCAGGCACCCUCUCCCAGCCUCCAGAUCUGGAUGGUUACAAUUGGAACCAGCUUUCAGAGAGGAAAAGUUAAUGUUGUAUUCCAGCCCCCCAGAUCUUCAUGGCUUUUUUUUUUUUUUUUUACUUUUGACCUCUUCUCAAAGAAAUUCCCCCAAAUCCUUCCCUGGUGACCAAAAAGAGAGCCAAAGUUAUUUAUUGCCACAUCAAGGGGACCGUUUACAGGUGCCCUCCCGCCCUGCCCAAGCUAAAAGGGACAGCCCUAUCCCAUUACCGUGUCACUGUCCCCAUCCCCAGGCUUACCCCAUCCCUGUCCCCACUCCUAUGGGCUGGAGGGGAGGGACACACAGGGACCAGUCGGUGCUGUGGUAGCCAGGGCGGGUGGGAGGUGGGGAGCUCUUGGGGGGCUGAAGGAAGUGGUACAGGUUGCAGAAGGUUUGAAGAAGGUGUCAGUGCAGGAGACAAUGCUUAGAGUGUCUCAGGGACGAGCUGCUGUCCCCAUGGGGAGCCCUGCAAGGGGCUGGGGGGUGGGCAGAGGCACCUCUGAGGGCAGCAGUGUCAGAGGAAGGUUUGGGGCGGGGGAGCGAUGGGGAGAGGAGGGCAUCACGGUGGACACAGUUAUGUGGCAGAGCCUGGGGAGAGCAGCGGGUGUCCAGGGAGGGAAAUGGGUCCCCAAAACACUUGUCACACCCCGGAGUGAGCAGGAGCUGGCUGGGGUGCCAAGAGGCGCUAUGGCAGUGACCAUAGCCACCCACCCAGAGGACACAGCCUUGGUGCCAGUAAGACCAACACCAGGAAGGGAGGAUGCAUUUGUGCUGCCAGGGCUCUGGCAUGUUCCCUGUUCAGGGAGCCCCUGUCACCCCCUCCCUUUCCGCAGGACACACUGUUGGAGCCAGCCCAUCCCUGUUCCCCAGGUUCCCGCACCCCACAGCCUGCUCUUCCCAGGACACAGACUCCCCCUCACUCCACCAGGCACCACGACUCGCCUUUGCCACACACUUGUAUACCCAGCUCAGAAAUAAACUGCCAUUAUCCCA